AUGGCUAGCCCUCCUGUGCUGGCUUUCGAUGCUGAGGGCCGCCCAGUGAAGUUCCAAACCUGGCUAGAUGACCUACACCUCUUCCUACAGCUCACUGCGAAGGAGGACAUCUCACUGUACGAUCACGCCCUAGGCCAUGCUCCUGCUCCUGCUGCUACUGCUGACAGCACUGCCCGCUCACAGUGGCAGACUCGUGACGCCCACGCUCGCUUCGCUAUUCGCAACUCCCUGCCGAUAGAUGAGCGCAAGCACUUUGGGCAGCACAAGACUGCACAGGCACUGUACACUGCUGUCGUUGCCUGCUACUCCUCACCGGCCUCUGCCGCACUAGGCCUUCUCUCUCUUCCCUACCUGUUCCCCGACUUAGCCUCUUUCCACACAGUCGCUGACCUCAUUACGCACCUCCGCACUAGUGAGGCUCGCUUCCGCGCCGCCAUGCCUGAUGAGUUCCUUGCCAAGAACCCACCCCCACUCUGGCUCACACUCUACCACCUAGUCACCCGCCUCCCUGACACUCUGCGCUCAGCUAGCAUAGUCGCCGUAGGUGCCUCUCGUGGCGACCCCCGUACCCCGUUCUUUGAGGGGUGUUCUCCUUCCCCCCUUCUUCCCUCUGUCGCCUCUGCUGCCGCUGUCGACCUCCUUGGUGCUGAGAAGGUCGGGACUGCGUCUGCUUCGAGCGGGCGCCGCAGCGGCAAGGGCAAAGGGGGCAAGGGAGGUGGCGGUGACAGCGGGGGAGGCGGUGGUGGGGGCGGUGGCGGCGGUGGGGGUGGUGGCGCGACUGGAGGGGCUAGUGGCAGCGGUGGGGGUGGUGGCGGCAGCGGCGGGGGAGGUGGCAGGGGCGGAGGCGGUGGUGGGGGUGGCGGUGGACGCGGCGGCGGCAGGGGUUAA